AUGUCUUUCAGAUUAUUCACCCACCAACCUGCCACCCUCCUCCGCCUGGGUCUAGGCGUUGGACUCGGUCUCUCCGCCGCAACCAUGCACCCCUUGUCACCCUUCCGCGCCGCCCCAAUGAAAUGCGAGUACGCCGUACCCCAGCGAACCGGCUUCAGCAAUGAUGCAGGGUGGGCUGUUAACCCCGCUGAAUCUGCGGGACAGAAGCAGAGCCCUCGGCGGAAUGGCCUGUUGAACGCGGAGACUAUGCGCCAAGUUAGUUUGGGGAGUGUGUUGGGGCUUGUGGCUGGUGUGGGAUUGAGGGCGUUUUCGAAAGCUUUGGUUGUUAUUUUGGGUAUGGGAGUUGUUCUUAUUGAGUACGCUGCGUCCAAAGGAUACAAUAUUCUUCCGAUCAACCGGAUUCAAAAAUACGUUAAGCAUGUUGACUUGCGUCGCGCUAUGAGUGAAAAACGGCCGUUCAAGAUGAGUUUCGGGGCUGUGAUGGCGAUGGCGGCGUUUGCGAAUUUCUAG